AUGUAUACGACGUUAGCGUUCUUCGCUCUGAUUACAGCCGGCUCAGCGUCAGUGCUACCAAUGGAACAUGCCUACAAGGACGGCAAAACCCUCCGAUUGCCCAUCAACGAAAACGAUACAGAAGCCCUUUUUGACAAAUGGGUCAACCAAGCACUGUCAGGAUUAAUGGCAGCAGUCACGGCUGGAAGGUCAGUGAGUUCUAUGAAGUUUGGUAAACCUUAA